UUUUUCCAUAUCCGAGUUAAAAUUUUCCAAUUUUUUUCAAGGUUUUCCUUUUCCUUUUGCCACAUGUAUUACCCUAGUCUCUAUAAAUUAAACUUCAAAAGCCAGAUUAAGAGUUAAGUUUCAUAAUCUCUCUGACUCUCGAUUUGAUAUUGUCUCUCUCGUAAUCCCUUCUUAGAUUCAUAUUUGGUUUCUUCGAUAAUUCACACGAAACGAAACAUGGCGAUAGAGAAACAACAAGAGAUUAACGAGUCGCAGAUCGGACUCACCUUGUUCUCCAAGCAACGUCGUAAUAUGACCGACAACGAUAAACUCUGCUUCGUCGAUUCUCCUCCGUCAUUCAACUCCUCGGGAUCGCCUCCUUCUACUGAUGCAAUCAUCAUCAUCGAUGACGAUGAGGAGGUAACCCUAGAGCGGCCGAAGAAGAAGAAACGGAGAUUAGGGUCUUGGUGGGACAACGUCGAACCAUUCGACGAAUUAAUGUGCGUGGUCAAGGGGGCACCGAAAGCGAAGGAAGACAAUGAUGUUACAUCAAGAGCGGAUUCGUGUUUUUCUUCUACUGAUCUUAACGAGACGGAGACGGAGAAGAAGAACGACGAUGACGAUGAGAUAUCACAUCCGAAGAAGAAGAAGAACGAGGAAAGCGUCGGUGAGAGUACUACUACGAGGAAUAAGAAGGAUUAUGACCACGUGACCCUUGAGGAUUUAGAAGUUUCGAUGGAAGAUCUCAAGAGUAUCCCAUGGGAAUCGUUUGAUACGACAUGGGAGAUUAGGUCGGAUCCAUGGCUUGGUGGCUACCUGGAAGACUUUGUUUCUCUUUAA